CUAUUAUGUUAACAGAAGACGUGUAGUGUUGACUUCGCGUCAUGAUUAUUUUUAUUCUUAUUGCAAUCUUUCUUGUAUUAAUUAACACCUUAUUAAAAAGGUUAGGAAAACUACAUCAAAAUAUGAAUGAUCUGAAUAUGUUAUAUCAAAAAAACAAAUUUAUGGAACGGAAUCAAGAAAAUACUGGUACUUCUAUCAAACCAAAGACUAAACGUUCAGCUUCUGGUUCUAAUUGGGAGACAUAUAAAGAUAUUAUCUAUAAAGAAGAAUUAAAUCGUGAUAAAAAGAAGAAUAAUAAUUCAACUACUGAAUUUUUCAAAAAACCUCAGAAAUAUAGAAAAUUCAAUCAGGGUAAUGCGAUGAAUAAAAUUGUCAAUUGUGAUCCUGACAUGGCGGAGAAUAAGAAGAAAAUAACUAAAUUUAUUGCAAUGGACUGCGAAAUGGUUGGAAUUGGCGAUGGAAGAGAAAGUAUGGUUGCUAGAGUAUCCAUUGUCAAUAAAUUUGGUCAUUGUCUUUAUGACAAAUAUGUUAAACCAAGAGAGAGAAUCAAAGACUAUAGAACAGCGGUCAGUGGUAUUUAUCCGCAUCAUUUGAAAAGUGGCGAAGAUUUUGCUACCGUACAAAAGGAAGUUGCAGAAAUGUUAAAAGGAAGGAUUUUAGUUGGUCAUGCUUUAAAACAUGACUUAGCAGUGUUAUUUUUAUCGCAUCCUUGUAGAAACUUAAGGGACACAUCAAGAUAUAAACUAUUUAAAGACAUCAUUAAAUCGAAAACUCCUAGUUUAAAGAGAUUAGCGUUAGAACUUUUAGGAAUAGAAAUACAAAUAGGCGAACAUGAUUCUGUAGAAGAUGCAAGAGUAGCUAUGCAAUUAUAUAUGCUAUAUAGAAACAGAUGGGAAUCCGAAAUUUACUCUAAAAGGUAAAAUAAGAUAUAUAUAUGUAUAUUAUAUUUAUUACGUUAUCGAAAAAAGAAAAAUAAUCAUCAUUA